CGAAGAUGGAAAAUAUUAGCUCUGUGUGUGAUGUACUUUCCUUAACCCAGUAUUGGUUACUUACACCUAUUUAUGUUGAUGAUGUCCACGUUUAGACAUGACAGGAAGAAAUAAUUCUUUACAAAUGAAAGUAUCUGAAAAAUUACAGUAAAAUGAAAAAAGAGUAAAGGAUGUUUCCGGUGAGAGCGAGUGGGUGUCAUCUGUAGAUCAAUUUCCUGUAAGUCUUCUGCUUUCACUUCAACAUGUCGAGAAGACACAAAAAAGCUAAAUAGUGAGAAUAAAUACUAUGCCUUAUCUACUUGCUUUGCUCUUCUUCCUGCUGGAGAUAUGUAAUUUAGGACUUGGUUUGCCGACAGCUACCAUCCAUGGCCUUGUUAACGGAUCUGUGCUUUUGCCCUCUCUAUCUCACUACCCCAACCCAUCGGAAAUCCAGUGGAUGUAUAAUGGCAUGCUGGUAGUGUGGUAUGACAACGGCACAGUGCAACCACUUGUGAAAUCCAGAUUUGACAACAGAUUCAACCUGUUUCAAGGGAACGGCUCUCUGCAGAUCCAUGGGCUCCAAAUUCAAGACUCAGGCAUCUUUGCUGUAAAUAUAUUGAGAGAUUUAAACCAAACCUAUACAGAGGUACAUCUCUUAGUGCAUGAAAAGAUCAACACGCAUCUGGAGCUGCUGUCCAACGUGUCCGGGGAUGGCCACUGUGCUGUGGUGGUGAACUGUAGUACAAUUCUGAACCAUUGGAAGGUGGCAAAGUGCAACAGAACUGCAUGUCGGGAGACCGACAGCGGGGGGAUGGACAAGGAGUCCAGCAGCGUUCACAUUGACAUCUCAGCUGACAAACUCAUCUCCUGUAAGAGCAGCAACCCAGUCACCUCUGGCAGCAUCUCUCUCAUAGAUCUAUGCCCUGAUGAUCACAGCACAGAUUUGGACAAAGUUCAUAAUCAUCAUCGUUCUCGACUUGCUACCUACAGCAUUGCAGGGUGUUUUGCUGUGGUGCUUUUUUCGUUAGUUUUAAAUUCAAGUUCAAGGUUCAACGUCAGUUGUAAAUAGCCCUGGUGGUCCUUAGAUUGAUAGUGCACAAGAGCAGGUAGAACUGUGGUUUACCUAUAUAUUUUGGUACACAUUUAAAUAUUAUUAAUUAUCUUAAGUAAAUUGAGUCUGUAUCUAUAUUAUUUCUUUUUUUUACAUACUUGUUGGUGUCAUAUUGUAUUUUCUGUCCUUUUGUAUUUAUUUUGGGAAAUAUUGUGGCAGUCCAGGCAUCAAUACUGUCUUGUCUAGCUGGACCUCAAUGGGUGGUUGUUGUCUCAUAGCGCCUAGACAGUAUGAGUGCAUGUUAAUGUUUACAUGUUAGUGAAAACAUAUUUCUCACACUGCUUCCACUCCAGGGGGUGCGUUGGCACACUGGGUUUGGCCAGCACCUGCUUUCUGGUGGAUCUGGAGUUCAAGUCCUGCUUGGGGUGCUUUGUGAUGGACUGGCGUCCCGU